AUGGUGCGCCUUGUCGGCCUCGCCGUAGGACUUUUCGCAGUCAUCCGUAUCUCUAAUGGUGCUCUUCAAUGUAAUUCUACAAGCGACGAAAACACCUCCUGCUCCCGAAACACCAUACUUGCUAUCGAUGCCACUAAUUAUAUGCUAUCCUACGAGAACAUUCGCACCGAGUUUGACUUCAUAGAAACCUGGGUACUGCCUCGAUUAGACAUUAGAACGGGAUACGUGGCUGUCGGAAUGACAGCAUACGGCACUGGAUCAACCACUAUCUACGAUUUUAGCUACGAUAAGCCACAAAUUUGUGAGAACAUAGAAAAAUUGUGGGGUGGCGUGGAUUUUACGACUGCCAGCAAUGUGCCUCUGUCAAGAACUAUACGAAAUCUUUUCAACAAUUUUGGCUUCGACUACACAUCAUUAGUACUUUUCACCGGUGAUAGAGAUCAAAGCGAUGUAGAUGCUGCAGCAUCUCAAGUCCACUACUACAUUGAUAAUAAAUUGGCUAGAGAUUUUUCUAUAGUGAUUGUAAAUUUUGGAAACUGUUCAUUUUCCUCCUGGCCUGCGGAUCACACUGAUGUAUACGACGGACUUACGACAGAACCGGAUCUCCUAUCAAAAUAUGUGGACGACUCUAUUUGUGCUCCAACCUUUGUGACACAGCCACCUUCGACCUUAGCAACAACGACUGAUAUCCCAAAAACUACCACCACAGUACCCCCAUCCAAACCUCCGUCAUCAGCUCCACCACAAAGAACAACCGAGGGUGUCAUCACUGCUGCACCGAUUACACAGUACCCACCGUAUCCUACCUUGCCACCAGCUAACAACGCUGGAUGUCAAUGUAACUAUGGAACUAUAUGGCUUGAUGUCUUCUUACUGAUGGAAGCCACAACUUCUAUGCAAUUUGGAAUUGAUGGAGCAACCGACUACAUUGUGUCAGCAUUCACAAAAUUGACUGUCGGACAAGCCGAACAGUACCAGACCAGAUUUGGAGUGAUUCGCUAUGCUACGGAGGUUCAACUUAUCGCCGACUUGGACACCUACAAAUCUACAGAAGAUCUUUUCGACCUGGAAAUAAAAACCUAUGACGAUCUGGGCACAAAUAUCGAGGGAGCCCUCCAAAUGGCUACUAACCGCUUUAUGAGCGCUGUUCAUCGCAUUCCCGCACGACCUGUAGUUAUAAUUGUAGGAAACUCUUAUAAAUCUGGAGCUUAUAACGAUCCUGUGCAAGCUGCAGCUAGCUUCCGUGAAAAUGGUGGCACAAUUAUAACGAUCGAGUAUGUCCAAGAACAUGGCUUAGAAGUGCCCUAUCUAAGGUCUCUUGCUUCUCCCAAUUACAAUCUCACAAAUAAGAAGGAUGACGGGACACAACUAGUUGCUAACGAUCUGAGAGAUCUUCUUUGCGAGGCGAACUGCUUCUGCAGAAAGAAUUGGCACGCUUACAAUUCGGACAAAUGGGAUGCACCACAAGGCGGUUGUUACUAUCCUGUUUCAAUCUCAGCUAUACAGCCAUUGGCACAACGAUCAUGUAUGCACCAGCACAAUUCUACGUUGACCCUUGUCGAGGAUUCCGCAAAAAAUUCAUUUUUGAUGUCAAUAUUCCCCUCAAAAACGGAAUUCUGGUUGGGCUUGACAAAUGAUGGUGAUGGCUGGAAAUGGCAGGGUGGUUACUCUACUGGGUAUACUAAUUGGGGUCCGGAUCAACCAGGCAGUGGUCGCUGUGCUUAUAUGCAGCAGUAUUCAGGAUUUAGGUUCGCUUGGUUCUCCGACGAUUGCUCAGAUGACAAGUGCUACAUUUGCCAGUCACAACCGUGUGACUCUACGAGAUACUGUGAUACUUCUUCUUGA